AGGCGGCCACGAACGGGCCCGCCCAGCUGUCAGCUCCGGGGGCGGCCCGGCUGGAUGGGGGCGGCCCGGCGGACGGGCGGGUGCUCGCAGCCUCUCCCUUCGCUCGUUCGCUCGCGCGCGCUCCCUCUCGCCUCCUGAGGGGAAAUCGCGGCUGCCCCAGCGGCAGCCGCCACCGCCUCGUCUUGUCCUCCACCCCCAGCCCCUUCCUGGUCCAGUCCCUCCCGCCCGCGCACCCCCGAGUAGUGAGUGGCCCCGCGUGGGGGCCGGUGGGUCCGGAGAGUCACCGCGGCGGCGCUGGGUGCUGUUUAAACCAUGUUAAGAAGGAUUUUGCAGAGGACUCCUGGGAGAGUUGGCUCUCAAGGUUCUGAUUUAGAUUCAUCAGCAACUCCUAUAAAUACAGUGGAUGUCAAUAAUGAAAGCUCUUCAGAGGGCUUCAUAUGUCCCCAGUGUAUGAAAUCUCUCGGAUCUGCUGAUGAACUUUUCAAGCACUAUGAGGCUGUUCAUGAUGCUGGCAAUGAUUCCAGUCAUGGCGGAGAGGCUAAUCUUGCUCUGAAGCGAGAUGAUAUAACACUACUAAGACAAGAGGUCCAAGACCUACAGGCUUCACUUAAGGAAGAAAAAUGGUACUCAGAAGAAUUAAAGAAAGAAUUAGAAAAGUUUCAGGGGCUCCAGCAGCAAGAGUCUAAAUCUGAUGGAUUGGUGGCUGAUUCAUCAGCAGAACUACAGUCUUUAGAACAACAGUUAGAAGAAGCCCAAACAGAAAAUUUCAAUAUUAAGCAAAUGAAAGACUUAUUUGAGCAGAAAGCAGCCCAACUGGCAACUGAAAUUGCAGAUAUAAAGUCAAAGUAUGAUGAAGAAAAGAGUAUUCGAGAAGCUGCUGAAGAAAAAGUGACACAUCUGACAGAAGAGUUAAAUAAAGAGACAGCUAAGAUUCACGAUUUAAAGACUGAACUGCUUCAGAGACCUGGUAUAGAAGAUGUUGCUGUGCUCAAGAAAGAAUUGGUCCAAGUUCAAACGCUAAUGGACAACAUGACCUUGGAACGUGAGAAAGAAUCUGAAAAACUAAAAGAUGAGUGCAAAAAGUUGCAAGCAGAAUAUGCUAACUCAGAGGCCACUGUAAACCAGCUAAGGAGUGAACUUGCCAAAGGCCCCCAGGAAGUUGCUGUGUAUGUGCAGGAAUUACAGAAACUUAAAAGUUCAGUUAAUGAAUUAACACAAAAAAAUCAGAACUUGACUGAAAAGUUGCUAAAGAAAGAAAUGGACUAUACUCAGUUGGAGGAGAAAUAUAAUGAAGAAUCUGUGAGUAAAAAGAAUACACAAGCAAGUCUUCAUCAAAAAGACCUAGAUUGUCAACAGCUUCAAUCAAGAUUAUCUGCAUCUGAAACCUCACUACAGAGAUUACAGGCAGAAUUAGGUGAAAAGGCAGAAGCUACUCAAAAGCUCAAAGAGGAAUUAUCAGAAGUAGAGACCAAGUACCAGCAUCUUAAGGCAGAGUUUAAACAGCUACAACAGCAGAGAGAAGAAAAGGAGCAGCAUGGGUUACAACUCCAAAGUGAAAUUAAUCAGUUACAUAGCAAACUUCUGGAGACAGAGCGCCAACUAGGGGAAGCUCAUGGGAGGCUGAAGGAGCAGAGACAGCUUUCAAGUGAAAAGCUGAUGGAUAAAGAACAACAAAUGGCUGAUCUGCAACUCAAGUUUUCUCGUUUAGAGGAAGAGUUGAAGGAAAAAGUAACAAGUUCCACAGACUUGCAGCAUCAAUUAGAUAAAACAAAGCAACAACAUCAAGAACAACAAGCACUUCAGCAAAGUACUACAGCAAAACUUCGAGAAGCCCAGAAUGAUUUGGAACAAGUGCUACGUCAAAUUGGUGACAAGGACCAAAAGAUCCAGAACCUUGAAGCCUUAUUACAGAAGAGUAAAGAAAAUAUUUUGUUACUAGAAAAAGAAAGAGAAGAUCUUUAUGCAAAAAUUCAGGCUGGUGAAGGAGAGACUGCUGUUCUUAACCAGUUACAAGAAAAAAACCAUACAUUACAGGAACAAGUAACUCAACUAACAGAGAAGCUGAAGAAUCAAUCAGAAAGCCAUAAACAAGCCCAAGAGAAUUUACAUGAACAGGUGCAGGAGCAGAAGGCACAUCUUAGAGCUGCACAAGACCGUGUCCUUUCCUUAGAAACCAAUCUCAAUGAAUUAAAUAGUCAAUUAAAUGAAAGCAAGGAGAAGGUCUCCCAGCUUGACGUACAGAUUAAAGCCAAAACUGAAUUAUUGCUAGCAGCAGAAGCAGCAAAAACUGCCCAAAGAGCAGAUCUUCAGAAUCAUUUGGACACAGCCCAAAAUGCAUUACAAGAUAAACAGCAGGAGUUAAAUAAGAUCACUACUCAAUUGGAUCAAGUAACUACGAAGUUGCAGGACAAGCAAGAACAUUGCAGUCAGCUGGAAAGUUCUCUUAAAGAAUACAAAGAGAAACAUCUCUCUUUAGAACAGAAAACUGAAGAGCUAGAAGGUCAAAUUAAGAAACUAGAAGUGGAUAUUCUUGAAGUUAAAGCAAGCAAGGAGCAAGCUUUGCAGGAUCUGCAACAGCAAAGACAGCUGAACACAGAUUUAGAGCUUAGAGCCACAGAAUUGAGUAAACAACUUGAAGUGGAGAAAGAAAUUGUUUCCAGUACAAAAUUGGAUCUGCAUAAAAAAUCUGAAGUCCUUGAAAAUACUAAGCAAAUGCUUACCAAGCAAGAGGAAGAAAAGAUAAUCCUUAAACAAGAAAUUGAAAGUUUAAGUCAAGAUGCAAAGAUGCAGCACAAAGAACUGAAUAAUAAAAUUCAAGCAGCAGUAACAGAACUACAAAAAGUGAAGAUGGAGAAAGAAACAGUUAUAACAGAGCUUUCUGCAACAAAAGAGAAAUUAUCAGAAGUUUCUGAUUCUUUGAAAAACUCCAAAAGUGAAUUUGAAAAAGAAAAUCAGAAAGGAAAAGCUGCUAUAUUAGAAUUGGAAAAAUCUUGCAAAGAAUUAAAGCAUCAACUUCAAGAACAGAAGGAAAGCAUGCUUAAAGAACAGAAUGACCUGAAAAAGUCACUUGAAAAAGAAAAGGAGACUUCUCAUCAGAUGAAGGUGGAACUCAAUACAAUGCAGGGACAAGUCUUUCAGGCCCAGAAUACUUUAAAACAAAAGGAAAAAGAAGAACAGCAACUUCAGGGGAACAUAAAUGAGCUAAAGCAAUUGACUGACCAGAAAAAAAAGCAAAUUGAAGCACUCCAAGGAGAAGUUAAAAUUGCUAUUUCACAGAAGACAGAGCUUGAGAAUAAACUACAGCAGCAGUUAACACAGACAGCCCAGGAACUCACAGCAGAGAAAGAGAAAAUAUCAGCAUUACAAAAUACCUAUGAAAAAAGUCAGGAAAAUCUAAAACAACUGCAGUCUGAUUUCUAUGGGAAGGAAUCUGAGAUUUUAGCCACAAGGCAAGAUCUUAAGUCUGUAGAAGAGAAGCUUUCUCUAGCACAGGAGGACUUGAUUUCAAACAGAAAUCAAAUUGGAAACCAAAAUAAAUUGAUUCAAGAACUGAAGACUGCCAAAGCUACUUUGGAGCAGGAUUCAGCUAAGAAAGAACAGCAAUUGAAGGAGCAAUGUAAAGCACUACAAGAUAUUCAAAAAGAAAAGUCACUGAAGGAAAAAGAACUGUUAAAUGAAAAAUCUAAAUUGAUAGAGGUAGAGGAAAUUAAGUGUAGACAAGAAAAAGAAAUCAAUAAACUGAGUGAAGAACUCAAGUCUCACAAGCAAGAAAGCAUGAAGGAAGUAGCAAAUCUCACAGAUGCUAAACAGCUUUUGAUUCAGCAGAAAUUAGAGCUUCAGGGAAAAGUAGACGCCCUAAAGACAACUCUUGAACAGGAGAAGAGAAACCAGCAAAUGCUAAAAGAGCAGGUGAAAAAGGAAGAAGAUGAGCUGAAGAAAGAAUUUAAUGAGAAGGAAGCUAAACUGCAUUCUGAAAUAAAAGAAAAAGAAGUAGAAAUUAAGAAGCAUGAAGAAAAUGAGGCUAAACUUACCAUGCAGAUUACGGCAUUAAAUGAAAAUUUAGGCACGGUAAAGAAGGAGUGGCAAUCUGGUCAACGGAGAGUUAGCGAACUUGAGAAACAGACAGAUGACUUACGGGGGGAAAUUGCAGUAUUAGAAGCAACAGUUCAGAAUAAUCAAGAUGAAAGGAGAGCACUAUUAGAAAGAUGUCUUAAAGGAGAAGGUGAAAUAGAAAAGCUUCAAACCAAAGUUCUAGAAUUGCAAAGAAAGCUGGAUAAUACAACUGCAGCAGUGCAGGAGCUGGGCAGAGAAAAUCAGUCCCUUCAGAUUAAACAUACUCAAGCAUUGAAUAGAAAGUGGGCUGAAGACAAUGAAGUACAAAACUGUAUGGCCUGUGGGAAAGGCUUUUCGGUAACAGUGAGACGGCAUCACUGCAGACAGUGUGGAAAUAUCUUCUGUGCUGAAUGUUCAGCCAAAAAUGCCUUAACUCCUUCUUCCAAGAAGCCUGUUCGUGUUUGUGAUGCAUGUUUCAAUGACUUGCAAGGCUAAUGGGUUAUAAUAACAUCAGAGUAAUAUUACACUAACAUUAGAUUUUUAAUAAAUGUACUUAGUAGAGUACUUGGACUACGAUUUGAUUUGGACAGUGGUUGCAAUACUAGACCAAAUUAGAAUUGGUAUAUUUUGAAAUGUUAUCAGUAUCAAGUAAAAGUUCUAUUUUUGUGAAACUUGGGCUCAUUUUUCUUUUCCAUUUAACUCCCAGAACAGCUUUCAUGCCAAGUUUAGAAUUAGCCAGUGAAAUGUAAAUAAACUUUGGAUGGAAAAUAGCAAUGUAUUUUUUUAUUAAAUAUAUUUCAUUAUUCACAUGACAUGAAUAUAAUUCCAUAGCUCAUUUCUUUUUGCUCCCAAAUUUAAUGUGCAAAAAUGUACAUGGAUAAUGUCUCACUUGUUGCUGUUUUUGUUGCACAAUAAUAACACGUUCAUUAUUUUAAAUAUUCUCUUCGUGAAGUCCUGACAGAGCUAUAAAACUUUGACUACCUGUUUUCCUUAUAUAGAUCCAUAGCUCAAUUGCACAAUUAUGUUAUAAGUUUACUACUUGGGAAUUCUAAAUACAAUUUAUUUUAAAAUAGGUAGUAACCAUGAAUUCAAACAUGGUUUUUGUUUUUAACAGUAUUGAUUAAAUUCUCUUGGGUAGAUUUUAUGAAAACUUCUGUAAAAUCAAUUUGCUUACUUUAUGAUAAACCUGGAGCUGUAUUUUGAAGAUUAGGGUUAUUUUUUUUCUUUUUGUAUUUUCUUUCUCACUUUUAAACUCCUUCAUAUUCUCCAUGAAGAACCUACAAAGUUCCCACACUCAUCCCCAAGUGGAGGAUGAAUAAUAGAAAUUGUAUAAUGGUUCUAUUCUCAGUUUCUUGUAAGUGGGAAGUCUUCUCAGAUUAGCCUUCAUAUUAUGCCCUCAUUUUGUCUUUCCAGCAUCUCCAGGAAUCUAAAUGUGCUUUUUUUUUUCUUUAAUGGAUCUACUUUUUUCCUUUAUUUGGUUUAACCUUCCCAAGCAUAGCUCAGCUUCACUGUAAUGUUUUAUAAUUUUGCUUCUUGAAGCAAGUAACUGAUAUGGCUAUAGUCUUAUCUGUAAAAACAAAAUUUUAAAAAUGGUAAGGAGACAUUAAAUGUUUUACUUUAUAUUUUCUUCUUACCUAAUGGGGAGAAUUUUAAGGGUAUAAAACUGACAAAUAUAAAAUGAUUCUGAAUUUGGGGUUCCAUAUAAACUGGGAAAUCUUUUUGCUUUGCAAAAAUAAUGCUGUGAAAUUACCUUGAAGUAGCAGCUGGAGAAUAAAGUAUUGCCAAAAGUAAAUGUUUUCAGGAACCCCAAAGUAAUCAUAACUGAAACAGAAUGCCUAAACACCUUAAGAAUAAUUAAGAAUUAGCCUAUUUGUGUGCUGAACAAUGGAACUGAACUUUAAUUCAUCAUAGUCUCAUUAAUGUGAAAAAUGGGUAAACAUCUGAAGAGAGAAGUCAGCAUUAACACUGGUUCAUUACUUUUUCUAGAGAAAAAAUGUAAAGUUAUGAUUUGUUCAGUGCAGUUAUUUGGUGACAGUAACACAGACGGAUGGGAGUUAAUAUUUCACUUGAAACAAAUAGUUUGUGAUAUGCCCUUGCUUUCAAAUAUCAUGCGGCAAGGAUAUUAUCAUGAUUUCUAUGAUGUAUAUAAAUUAAAAGAGAUCGCUAUAUAUUAAAAAAAAAAAAAUCCAGUAAGUAAACCCUUUUGUCAGUGGAUAUUAAGGACCCUGAGUUCCUGAAGUUGGAUAAACAUAUAUCCUUGAUCAUAUAUAAUGAAGAAAUACAAUGCUCUUCAUUAAAAAAAAAAGUUGGGUUAUAUAUGCUGAGCUAAAAUUAUGCAUUUUUAAAUACUUACAAAUCCUUUCAAAUAGGCUUAAUUCUACACUUUCACAUAUAAGUAACUUUAAUAAGUAUAUUAGGAAAGCACCGACAUUCACUGAUAGGUUUUUUUUUUUUAAAGACAUUUGUUCACUAAAGAAUAUUUGUUCAUUUCAUCCCCCACAAUUGAUUGCACUGAAGGCCUUCUCUCUGCCCCCCAACUCCCACUCUACCCAUACAUUCACAGAAACAUUGUGGAAACAACAAAGGAAACUAUAUAUAGUGUUUGAGUGAUUUUCUAGUUUUCAUCUAAUUAAUCUCAUUUAAUAGGCCCUGAAUAAUUUACCAUGGGCUACUAUACAGAUAAUAUAAAUGAAAUCCAACAUUUUCGCUAUUAACUCUCACCAACUUAAGGUGUUUGGGAUGUAAAAGUAAAGUUUUGGUUUUUUUUAAAAUUUUUAAUUAAAAAGUUGUCUUCUCUGAGUCUUUAUUGGCUAUACAUUUUAAUGUUUGCUGGUACCAUUAUUUUGUCAGCGAGUAGGAGCUGGCACAUAUGAGUUCCAGCUCUUGGCUCUAAUGCAAAAUGUGUGGGCAUUGUGUGUUAGUAAAUUCCAAAGUGCAGCACAGAAAUGUGUGUUAAAAUCAAAGCUUGUUGAGUUUAGUAUUCAAUAAACAGAUUUUUUUUUAAUAGAAAGAAGACAAAGCUGCUGGUAUAGAGUUUGUUCAUUUCUUAAGAAAAAAGAGGGAAAUAAACACAAAAACCUCGAUGCAGUAUACAAAUAACAUUUUGUUCAACUACCUCUUAAUGUGGAAUUAGCGAGUUGAAUAGUUUCCUCACAGUAAUGUUAAAUAGUAACUGCCAAAUUCAUUAGUUUCCCAUCACUUUUAAAAAGUCUUUAUGAUUAUUUUAUAUAGUUUUGAGAAUUUUAAAGCCACUUUUGUUUAAACCUUACAUUUACAUAAAAUGUUUAGCUUUUAAGUGGAGAGUAAAUUAUGAUCAUAUAUUUUGAUAUUCAUGACCUGUUUGACUAUAGCGGUUUUUAAAAAAUGCACUUUGGCUAUAAAACCAUGGAUGAUUUGAUCCAUGAAAUUUAAAUGUGCCAUCAAGUUUAGAAUUCCUAGGCAUGAGCUUGAUGAAUGGUAUUCUGUAAUUAUAAUGUGCCACACAUAAUUGUGUGUUAAUUGCCCUUUGCCUGAAUUUAAAUGAUCAAUUUGUUAUUGUUGCAGAUGUGAAUAUUGUGCAUAAACUUACUAAAAUUAUGUAAAAUUGUAUAAAUAGAAUUGGAAAUAGCUAAGUUCUGUCUGUGUAGAAGUAAUGAAUUCAUUGUAACAUGAUGCAGUUAUGUAUAAGACAUUCUGUACUUCCUUGAACUGGAUCAUAGUUUCUGCAGAUACUUUUGCAUGAAUAUUUUAUUUAGUUUUUGGAUUCAUUAUUUGUAUUGUGUUUACUCCUUGUGAUCAUGUAGUUGUGCCUUAUUUUGUGAGAGAGUUGAGCUCAGUAAAUACUGUAAUUUCUAAACUCAGUGAUUGGAAAUUUAUUGACUAUAAAUAUAACUGAUAAAUUACAGACUCAGCAUUUAAAUCUGUAUAGAGAACAAUGGAAGGAUCCUUAUUGAACUGUUGCUUUUGUUUUUUUAAAUAUGUUAAAGAUAUAUUAAAAGAACCGUUUCUUUCUAGAA